AUGGAUGCAAUUUUGAAGAACCUACACCUCAGUGAAAAUUACAGUGACCUCACAAUAAUUUGUGGAGACAAGGAGUUCAAUGCACAUAAACUGGUUGUCUGCUCUCAGUCUGCGUAUUUCCAAAGAGCCUGUUAUGGUAGCUUCAAGGAUGCUCACGAGCCAAUCCGUUUCCCCGACAAAGAGCCAGUUCUCAUGGAGAAAUUCCUGGAGUUUCUCUACAAUGGUGAUUACACUCUUCAGCCACAGACAUCAAGCGAGAAGAAGGGAAGCGCCAGCAAACCUCCGACUACUUGCAUCACAGAAAACCCAGCCUACUUCCAUGCCCGAAUGUUCGCAGAAGACGACUACUUCUUAGUCGACAAUCUCAAAGCCAGAGCAGAGGACUACUUUUUCACUGCUUUCUCAACAAGUCUUGAAAUGAAGAACCGCCGGAAGGAAACCCUCAAGCAAACAGUGGAAGAGGUCUAUUCAAACAGAGCCAGCUAUGACCCUCUGAGGGAAUCGAAGAUCCAUCUAAUUAUGAAGAUGCUGUGCGGGUGUAGUGCCAAGCAAAACCCCUAUCUUCGCGAUUGUAUGAGGUCUACCCCCGAUUUCACGUUCGAUGUGUGCAGGGCGCUCCUCGACAAGAAAAUGACCUCGUUGUCCAACUCGAAAAUCAAAAAUCGCUAUCCAUUCUACAGGGCUAAUAAGCCGGUAGACCGGAGAUCAUCGUUCGCGAGGCGGGGUGAAGAGCAACUAACUGCGAGGGCAAAGCGACGAAUUGCGAGGAGCGCUCGAAAGCUCCAGGCGGCGAGGACAAUGUCUACGGGAGAGGAUAAUCUUGAGGUGAUGUGA